AUGGCAGUAUAUCCACCGAAAUCAAUUCAGUCAGCGAUUGAGGAAAAGUCUGACCGUUCGAAAAGCCGGCCGCGGCUUGUCUUUGACGAGCAACAUCAAUUUCGCAAGAAGAACAAUCGCUCACUUUCGCAUCUGCAAGAGUCUCGUGAAUUUCUACCAUGUACCGCCUGUUCAACUGAAGCUCACCGACGACAGGAAUUCUUCAGACGACCAUCUUCUUCAUGUCAACGACAUGAGUCAACGCCACCAGUCAACAAAGAACAGCGACCAUCAACAGGAACGAAAUCCCAAGCAAGUCGAAGGCCACCAUCAGCUGCUGACUUAGACCGUUUGAGUCGACCGAAACCUGUUUCAUCCGAACGUUUAUUGACAGAUAACUGUAAUUGGAGUAAUUUCAUCAAGAGAAAGACGAUUAAAACACCUUAUGGUCUAUGUGAUUUAACACAUGGAAACGAAAAUUCAGAAAUUCGCCCACCGUUUGUUAACUACGGUGGUCGUCAUUCUGAUAAACAAAACGGAGAGAAGCGAACAUACAACUCGUUAGCUAUUCAUCAAUUGAAACAUCACGAAGUCGAAGGACAACGCUUAGCAGAUAUUUUACGUGAACGACGUCUUCGUCUUCAAGCGGAAAAUUAUUUUCGCGAAGUUGAAGAGCGCAAUGCUCAAGCUCAGGAUUUACGCGAUCGAGCAGCGCGCGCUUCGACCGAAUACCGAGAUAACUAUCAACCACCACCACAAAACUACUAUGCAGAAGGCACAUCGUCCCGACAAUAG